CAACAAGUGGGGAUGUGGUUAAAAUAUCUGUCCUUCUCACAGCAAGCAAAAUGGCUUCUCUCGUUGUUGUGAUAUCGUUGCUGGUUGCAUGGACCACCAUGUUGAAUGCAGAUGCUAUCAUACACCCAGCGCUUAUAUCUGCAUCAAGAACUUUGGCAAAAAAAGGAGACAGUGUGAACCUGAAAUGCUCUAUAUCUGAUGAUAAGAUAUCAGAGUAUCCUCAGAACAUGUACCUGUGUAAGGAUGGGGUUGGAAUCCGCAUGCAAAUGCUGAUUGAGGAAAAUUUCACAUCUUUUGCUGUGAAUAACUUCACCAGCAUGGACUCUGGAGAAUACACUUGUGUGUACUCCACUACAAAAAUGCAACCCAAAGACAUGAACACAACAGGAAAGGAGUUGGUUGUCAUAAAACUUCACGAAGUCCCUCCCGCAACCAUUUCUGGGGAAAAUACUGAGUUAACUGUGGGAGACAUUCUGCAGCUCCAGUGCCAGAUCACUGAACGUGAAUAUCGUGAACAUCUUGUUUUCCACCUGUACAAAAAUGGCGUUGGCAUCCCUGAGACACCAGAGAGGAACAGCAACAACACUCACGCUGUCUUCAUGAUCAGAAACAUCACAACACGAGACUCUGGCAUCUACAGCUGUCUGUUUGUUGAGGAGAACUUGCCCAUGGAAGUGAGGGGAGAGGGAGUAAAUUCCAUUCACAUUAAGGUGUUUUCUGCUGAGGAUUUGAAUGCGGAGGACUGUGACCCAGAUGGUAGUGGUUCCUCAGGAAUCAUUGCAGCUGUGACAGUGAUCUUCCUGAUGGUCCUAGCAGCACUCUUAGGAUAUCAGUACAGGGGUCGCCUGAAACACUGUGAGUAUGCUUGA